AAUGGGUCUACUCCAGGCGAAUUUUGGGCACACCAUCAAGAAGAUGAAGGCAAAUCUACUUGGGAACCUGCGAUAGAAGCUGCAAAUCGGCACGAAAUCAGCAAACAAGAACUGGAAUCGAUCAGGGUUAAUUACGCGAACAAGAGUCUACCUAUGUCUUUGUUUCGAUGUUGGUGCUCUGAUCAAAUAAGUGGCAGGCAAGAGGCAGAUUUUCGGCAACCUUGGACGCUACCUCUUCAUGCAGUUGUUUCCACCUUUGAAUCUCUGGCUGAAGCCUCAGGUGAUUCCUACAAUCGUGUAUUCUCUAGAGGAAGGCCAUGUUGGAAGGCGCUCAAAGAUGCAUAUCGCGGAGAUUCUGAAUCUAGUAUAAGUGAAACUUAUGCCUGGAAAAAAGUCAAAGGUCUUGUGAAGGCGAAACUACAAGGGGGAACAACCACUUUAUUAAAUAAACAAUAUACACUUUGCUUCAAGUUUUAUUACGAGCGACCUUGGCACCUUGCAAUCUCUCAAGAUAGAACAAAAGUUUUGGCCUGUUAUCCGCCGGAACCGUUGGUCACUGAAGCUGCCUAUGAACUUUUGGACGAUGAUAUGUUGCAUCGUAUCGCUCAAGCACUUAUUCAAGGAAUCGUGGAACCUGGCGAGAUAGUCGGAGAGCUCAUCCUCGUAUUGACCCGUCAGAAGCUUCAAGAGGCCAAAAAGCCAAGAAUAUUAAUUUUUAUGCUGGGGAAGUUAAACUUUUUGAAAGAAUUAUUGAACAUCAUAUUACAAAAUGACAAUUUGGAACACAAUCGUCCGAAACUGGCCCUAUCAAGUACCAAUUCCAAUCUGACACAACAUCCAACUGACGACUUUGAAAAGAGUAAUCUGAAAGAAUUCGAUGUUCAUUAUCUUGCUAUGUAUUGGCAACUUGGUGCUCAUGAAAAUUAA